AAAAAAAAAAGCUUUGUCCACUUUUGGCGGGAAUUCACUCUCUCGCCGACACAAUUCCCAAAACCCAGCAUUUUUUUUGUUCUUGUUUUCCUUUUUCAGAAUUUUUGUUUUUGUUUUUUAAAAGCACCCAUUUGCUUAUCUAAGCCUUCUUUUUUUUUUGUUUGUCAGCUUAGCACUUUAUUUUGUUAAUAGUUAUUUUGAAUUCUGGGUGUUGAAUUUAGUUGCAGUAGGUAGGCUGCUGAUGCUACUUGGGGGCAUUGGUUUUUAAAACAGCAUGUUGGGAUUUAGCCACGAGUGGGUACAAGAUUUUUUAGGGGUUGAAAUGUUAAAUUCAGGAAGUGGGAAGUUUGGAAGCCAGAAAACGUUUAUAGAAAUUUUGAGAUUGUGAUAGAGAGAGAAAGAGGGGGAGAGAGAGAUUUUAUCAGAGGCAUAAACAUAAGAACGCAAUGAUACUUGAGGAGGUGUUCAAGGAUCUUAUAAAGAAGAAGAAGAAGAAGAAGAAUGUUGUGUUGGUUGGGAUUCCAAUUGAUAGCCAGAGCAGAGAGCUGCUCGGCUGGGCUCUGGUGAAAGUCGCUGAACCCGGAGAUUGCGUCAUUGCAGUUCAUGUCUGUCGAAGUUCUGAUUUCGCCUCGAAAGCCAAGACGAUAUUGGAUGGUUACCUAGAGGGUUAUGAGGGGCUAUGUGAUAUGAAAAAGGUAGACCUCACCACUCAGGUCUUGACAGGAAGGUCAAUCCAAAAGGCUCUAGUUAGAGAGGCAAAGAACCAUGCUACUCUGGCCAUAGUUGUAGGCACAAGCAAGCCAAACACUCUUGGGGGUUGGGAUUCUACGGCGAAAUUCUGUGCUAAGAAAUUGCCACCAACCACUGAUGUUGUGGCCAUCCACAAUGGGAAAAUUGUGUUCAGAAGGUGCACCAGUAAUCAACUACCAGGUUUCACAGGUGACCCAAGGCCAAGUCUUUCUCAGAUUGAAAAUCUCACUUCUAAAGGAAGCUCAUCUGAGUUUGGUGACUUUGAGGAAGAUACAGAAACUGUGAAAUCAUUUUCUGAUAUGGCUCAGAGCUCCCAAGAUGGUUCAAAGCAUAGCAGUGAAGACUUGAAGAACGAACACAAGAGAGUCCCUUGUAGAUCAAGUUCACUUGGUGCAGGAGAGCAUGUGGGUAAGAGCCUUGGCUGGCCCCUACUCUGCAGAGCGACUUCUGCGAAUCCACAAUUCCCAGCCUCAAGAGACAUGUCUGUGGUGCAAUGGGUGAUGAGCUUACCGGACCGUUCUCCACAGCAGUCUCCUCAAUGUUCAACUAUCAAAGAAAAUCCUUUUGAAAGAGGUAUUAGUGACAUUGUUGAUGAGGUUAUCAAGGAUAGUUGUUCUGGUUUGGAUGAGCUACCAGAAAAGUUAAAGCGUCUCCUGGAAACAAACUCAUCUGAUUGCAGAUGGUUCAGUCAUGAUGUUCUGAAAACUUCCACUUCUCAAUUCUCCUCAGAAAAUCUUAUUGGGAAAGGAGGAUGCAACCUUGUGUUCAAGGGAACUCUUGCAGAUGGCAAGCAAGUGGCAGUAAAGCUUAUGAAGUCAUCCAAAGAAGCAUGGACGGAUUUUGCCCAUGAAGUUGAUAUCGUCUCCUCGUUGAAGCACGAACACAUUUUGCCUCUGCUUGGUUUCUGCAUUGAAGACAAUGUUCUAAUCUCUGUUUAUGAUUUCUUGCCUAAAGGAAGCUUAGAGGGAAAUUUACAUGGUGAUGCAGGCAAGAACAUAGGCAAAUCCCUAUUGCCGUGGGAAGUCAGAUUUAAUGUUGCUGUUGGGAUUGCUGAAUCCCUCAAUUACCUGCACAACGAAUGUUCUCCACCGGUUAUUCACAGAGAUGUCAAGUCUUCAAACAUUCUUCUCACCAAAGAGUUUGUACCACAGUUAUCUGAUUUUGGCCUUGCAAUAUGGGGACCAACAACUACAUCUUUUCUGACUGAAUGUGAUGUGGUUGGAACAUUUGGUUAUCUUGCUCCUGAAUAUUUCAUGUAUGGAAAGAUCAGUGACAAGAUUGAUGUCUAUGCCUUUGGUGUGGUCCUGCUUGAAUUAUUAUCAGGAAGAAAACCAAUUGGCUCUGAGACUCCCAAGGAACAAGAAAGCUUGGUCAUGUGGGCAAAGCCUAAAAUAGAUAGAGGGGAUGUAAAAGACAUACUGGAUCCAAGUUUGGGUGGAAAGUUUGAUGAGGUUCAGGUGCUGAGAAUGGUUCAUGCAGCAAAACUCUGCAUCACACGCUCAGCUCGGCUUCGUCCUAAAAUGAGUGCGAUUCUGAAGCUCUUGAAAGGGGAUUCAGAUGUUGAAAAGCAAGUGAACUCUCAAUCUUUUGAUCUGGAGGAUUCAGAAAUCCGGGACGAUAAUGAUGAUGAUGAAGUUUAUCCAAAUUCAUGUGCAGCGUCACAUUUGGGUCUCGCACUGCUUGAUGUCGAUGAUGAUACAACAUCAUUCAGUAGUGUGGAGCGGGGCAACAGCGUUUCUUGGGAAGAGUAUUUGAAAGGAAGGUGGAGCAGAUCAUCAAGCUUUGACUAGCUUCUUUUGCACUCUCUUGAAUUCUUUUUCUCUUGUUUUGUAAGUUUGUCACAUACUUGUGCAGACAUGAAAUUACCAUCUGUACAGCGUAGGGGAAGAAAAAUAUGCGCACCCAAUGGUGGGGUGGAUUGUAGAUGUAAAUAAAAUCUAGAAGUGAGUGUGAAAAGGAUGGAAAUCUGUAGCUUGUUAGCUUGUCAGAAACUCGGUUUUUCAACAUAAUCACAGAAUGAGAUGGAAUCUAUAGGUUGUGGGAAACUCAGUUUUCAGCA